AUGCGGCUCCUCAACAUCCAUACCCUGGAGCUGGAGGAGUUCUUCGAGCAAAACAUUCCACCGUACUUCAUCCUUUCGCAUCGCUGGCAAGGGAAGGAGGUCACUUACAAAGAUUUUGUCAAGGGUCGUUGCUCUAGAGACAGUCCUGGGUACAGGAAGAUACUGGAAUGUUGUAACUUUGUGAAGGAGUUCCACAAUUCACGAUACAUCCGCUCUUUUCAAGAGCAUCCAGAAGGUGCACUGAGGGACGCUAUGCACAGGGACAAGCUCCAGUGGGUUUGGAUCGACACUUGCUGCAUCGACAAACGAUCGAGUGCAGAGCUAUCUGAGGCCAUCAACUCCAUGUUCGCAUGGUAUCAGAACGCUGUUGUUUGCAUCGCUUAUCUCUCUGAUGUGUACUCCCUGACCGGAAGCGGCUCGAAAGCGUUCAAAAACAGUGAAUGGUUUCGGAGGGGAUGGACGCUCCAAGAAUUACUCGCGCCUUCCGUUGUCGUCUUCUGCGAUGUGCGGUGGGAGGUGCUCGGCUAUCUCGACAAAGCGGUGUACCCGGCACGCGGACGAUGUAGCAGGACAGCAGAGUCGAAGCUCGCUCCUCUGCUCACGGAGAAGGUGUCCAGCGCAACUGGCAUUGCCGAACGGUACCUCUCCAAACUCCGGGGCACGGAAUGUUCGGUUUGGCACGCAAGUAUAGCAGAACGCAUGAGCUGGGCUGCAGACCGCAAGACUACACGGAAAGAGGACGCCAGCUAUUGUCUACUCGGUAUCUUCAACGUCAACAUGCCGCUUCUUUAUGGUGAGGGCUCCAAGGCCUUCCACCGCCUUCAAGAGGCCAUCAUCCAAUCAUCCAAUGAUAAGUCGAUCUUUGAUUAUGACGACACGUAUUUCUACGAUGGUCCUUGA